CUAAAAAAAUAGUACAAAUCCUCAUUUUAUACAAUCAUUAUAAUUUAUAUUACUUUGUUGAAUGAUAUUUACAAUAGUAUGCUUUUCUGAGAUCAUUGGAGUGAAAAUUACAAUUUAUGAUUCCCAUUUUUUAACGCCUGAACGUCAUGAGGUUAGGCAUGAAACUGGAAACCAUUCAUUCCACUGGAUCGUUGUCUCGUUGAUGAUCUCUGUUUGACUAUCGUGCAAGUCCAGAUAAACGUCAAUAUUAAAAUGCUAAUCAACGAAAUAUUACCCUUGUGAGCCUCCAACAGUCAGCUAACCACCACACAUUUGAACAGUGCUAGUUCCCGCGUUAAAGACGAUUUAUUUAUUGGCCCAAUCAACUUAUUGUUUCGACUGCACAGUUAAGCACAUGCUUCCAUUCAUAUAGCAACGAAUUGCUUUUUUGGACGAGUUAAUUGUAUGUUUCUGUUGACGUGAUUGGAUCGGGUAAAGCGUUUGUCGUGUUCAUUCACUAACCUACCUUCGAAGCGUGGUAGAAAUGAUUGAAUUGGUGAAGUUGUCGCAGUCACCAUAUACAUAAAUUUGUUGCUUCUAAUGCCAAUAGGUUGUAUUGGAAGUUGUUGUAAUGUUGUCACACUCUUUCAAUGUUCGAGCUGUGGUUUAGCAUUAUUUUGCAUACCAUUUUGGUCAGUGUAUCACUCGGACAAGAGUUGUAAUUUAUUUCACAGGAAGCCUUAACCAGAUUUUGGAGAUCAUUUAGUAACCCAUUAGCAACACAGUUUUAUCGAAAUCUGAUGCAACUUGUAUUGUUUCCAUUGAACUAUUAUUCAUGAAUGUGUAGGCAGAUUCAAAUGCGAUGGACAGAUAGGUUUUGAUAAAAAAUUUGGGGUUGUCAUCUCUUCGAAAUAUAAGCGAAAUAAUAGCAAAUAAACAGUGAGUUGGUACUACAGCAUAGUCCGUAUGGUAGGGUUUGACAACAAUAUCGGUCUAGGUCCUAAACUUCGUGGGUCUCAACUUCGCUAAACUAAACAACUUUGCUAAGCAUUGAUUGGUUAAGUUGGUAAAUAGUUAGUUAGAAUAGAGUACAACGUUAAGAAAAUAAUAAAAUAAGGAGAAAAGAAAAAUGAAAAUUAUUUUCGCAAUGUUAAAGAAAAUACAAAUUAUUGAAACCCAAAUUAAUCAAAACCGAUAACGCGUUUUUUCUUAUUUUUUAUAGACUUUUUAGGUUAGAAAAUGGAUCGACUAGUAUUUAUUUAAUGCUUUCUCAAAAUUUGAUCAUCCCUGCUCAAGAUGAUCGAGCGAGACAUUUAGCCGCGCCAGUUCGUCUUUUGCGUGCGGUGUAUGCAUGCGGUCAUCACGACCAUUCAAACCAUCGUCAGUUUGAGGAAAAGAGAUAUUGCCAAGAUCUCGCGAUGGAGAGAAUGAAGCUUGUGCAGAUGGUUUAUAAAUAACGAAUUGUACCUUAUGGGUGUAGUUUAUCGUACCACGCAUAUGCAUGCGGCAGGGUGGGAGCAUGGUAUAAGGAUUUUUUUCAAGUUCGAUGUGAUGUGGACCAGACUGGUCGUUGUAUGAAUCAGUCUGUCGGUGGAUUCUGUGAGUACCGGAUAGAACUUCGUUUGUUACAGUCCACCCUGGCGGAUGAUCGUGUUUGAUCAUCGUAAGCAACGAUAGCUGUGUUUCGUUUUCAAACAGCUAUCGAAAGUAAUCGACCGAUCUUAGCGUUUUACAGUUUUGUUAGUGCAUUCCAACAUUCUCCGUCUGUAAGGUAGCCCUUUGGUGCCACGGUCAAGUACGAAAGGGAGCGUCCUAGUGUUUAACCGAGCUACCAUGUGGAAUUGAUUGAUUGCUCUAUCGGCACGGUUUUGGGUUGAUCAUUCCCCGAUCCAACACAUUCAUUACAUUCGUCGGGUAUGAAAGGUGAAAACGAAUCUAUCUGUAUUUAUCUAGUCGUGUGCCAUGUGUUUGCGUGUUGCCGUGUUUCUCUAAACCGAUGAUCUGUCGUGCACGACACACCUACCGUCGAUAGUUUGUAACUGAAUUGCAGAUCCGUUUUGCGUCCCUCUAUCCCACUUGUAUUCUGCUGCUUGAUUGGCAUUAGUCGUGUAUUUCUGGUUGCGAUCGUGAUUGAAGCAAAGUUGGGGUUACGGCAAACUUAAACAAACACAAAAAUAAUGCACAACAAACUGGUCCUUCUGCUCUCCAUGGUGGCCAUAUCUGUACAGAGGGCUAUGGUUGCUGGCGAUCCCAUCGGGGGUGCUGUUUUCUCUGAUGAAAGUUGUCACAAGACCGGUGUGCUGGUUUUCUAUCGCAUCAAACUGGUAACCAGUUGGUCAAAAAAACUUUUUCCGAAGCAUUAUCCAGAAUUUAGACCACCGCCGCACUGGAGUAUGACGUUUGGUCAAACACACAACAACAGCUUCCAUCUAUUUCAAUUGAAACACCCAGCUACGGUGUCAGUGGCAACCUUUGCAGAGACUGGGCAAGCUGCAUCAUUGGAAGAAUCGUUGGCUCUUCAACAGGACCUCCUGUUCGAUGACUUCCGACUUCCGAAGAUCCGCAAGGGAAAGGGCGAAAGUGAAGCUACCUUUUUCGUUGACGGAACGCAUUCGAGUGUGUCGUUCGUAACGAAGAUAAUACCUUCUCCGGACUGGUUUAUUGGAUUGGACUCCUUUAAUCUUUGUUCAAGAGGGCGAUGGCUUGAAAAGGUGACGAUCCCACUUCAUCCCCUUGACGCAGGUACUAGCAGUGGACUUACAUUUACUUCACCAAAGUGGCCCACGAAUCCGCGGGGAUUGGUUGAACGAAUCACUGCUAGAUAUCCACUUCAUUUCGCUAGCAGCUUUUUCUAUCCAGAGAUCAAACACCUUCCACCAAUAGCUCAUGUCACGUUCACCAAGAUUAAAGAAUACAACAAUCACAACAACGUCCACAAGAAGGUGAAGAAACUCAAGUAUAAGCAGCGCACGAAACUGCUGAAAAAACUAAAUCACCAAUCAUCCAGUGCUGUAGUAUUCAGCAAUGUGGGAAACGAAAUCCUCUCGGACAAAGACUGCCGGGUUAGUGCGUGGUCUGCCUGGAGUCCUUGCAGUAAGACAUGUGGGCUUGGUAAAAGAAAUCGUACCCGUAAUGUUCUGCAAAAUAAUCGUCUUGGUGGAGUGGAAUGUCCAUCUUUAAUGGAAACGCAAUGGUGCGGAUCAGCUCGCCAGUGUUCUGAGAUCGACAAUUACUUCAGGUGGUAGAAAUUUAAAAUAAAUAAAUUAGAGAUGAGGUUGGUAAGAA